CCGCCGCGGCCGCCACCAUGCAACAACAACCCCCUCCACCACCGCCGAGCAUGAUGAGCAACAGCAGCAACGAGCAACCCUUCUUCCCGGACGAGCCUGCCCGUCCCAUUGUCCGCACAGCGAUCCCCGGCCCAGAAGCGAAGAAGACGAUUGCACAUCUCGACCGUGUGUUCGAUACGAGGAGUUUGAACAUGAUGGCCAACUAUCAGAACUCGUAUGGCAACUACAUCGCUGAUGUGGACGGGAAUGUGUUGUUGGAUGUGUAUGCGCAGAUUGCAUCAAUUCCAGUCGGAUACAGCAAUCCUAGCUUGAUGCUCGCGGCCACAAGCCAGGACAUGGUGUCUGCCCUGAUCAACCGACCCGCACUCGGCAACUUCCCUCAACACGACUGGGCCGAGAUCCUCGAGACGGGCAUCCUACGAGUAGCACCAAAAGGUCUAAACCAAGUUUUCACCGCGCAAGCCGGCAGCGACGCCAACGAACUUGCCUACAAAGCCGCCUUUAUGUGGAAACGCCGCAUGGAGCGCGGCGGCGCCGACGCACCCUUCACUCAGCAAGAAAUGGACAGCGCCAUGAACAACCAAGCCCCCGGCGCUCCCGACCUCUCCAUCAUGUCCUUCCGCACGGGCUUCCACGGGCGUCUCUUCGGCUCGCUGUCGACGACCCGCAGCAAGCCCAUCCAUAAACUCGACAUCCCCGCCUUCGACUGGCCGCAAGCCGCCUUCCCGCAGUUAAAGUACCCUCUCGAAGCGCAUGCUGAGGAGAAUGCAAGAGAGGAGCAGCGCUGCCUGGACGAAGCAGAAAAGCUGAUGACCACCUACCACAACCCUGUCGCCGCCAUCAUCGUCGAACCAAUUCAAUCCGAAGGUGGCGAUAAUCACGCCUCCCCCGCCUUCUUCAAAGGCCUCCGUGCUCUGACUCGCAAACACAACAUCCUAAUGAUCGUCGACGAAGUCCAAACCGGCGUCGGCGCAACGGGCAAAUUCUGGGCGCACGAGCACUGGAAUAUGGAGGACCCACCGGACAUGGUGACGUUCUCCAAGAAGGCGCAGACCGCUGGUUAUUACUUCGGUAACCCGGAUUUGAGACCGAACAAGCCGUAUAGGCAGUUCAACACGUGGAUGGGUGACCCGGCGCGGGCGUUACUCUUCCGCGCUAUAAUCCAAGAAAUCGAACGCUUAGAUUUGGUCAAGAAUACCGCUGUGACGGGCGACUAUCUUUACGCUGGGCUGGAGAACCUCGCCAGCAAGUACCCGGGUGAGGUCGAGAACCUGCGUGGAAAGGGGCAGGGCACGUUCAUUGCGUUCGACUCGCCCAGGCGGGACGAAGUGCUCGCCAAGGCCAAGGGCGUCGGUAUCAACAUUGGUGGAUCUGGUGCGCAGGCAGUGAGGUUGAGGCCGAUGCUUAUCUUCCAGAAGAAGCAUGCGGAUAUCUUUUUGGAGGGAAUGGAAAAGGUGUUCGCUUCGUAGGUGUGAGCACGGAGAUGGUGCAGACUGAGUGAUGAAGGACGAAACGAUGUGAUGAACUUGUUCUAUGCAUUUCGGGCGGCGAGGGUGGUCCCUCAUAAACGGGAGGAGGCGUAAGGUGUUAGAGCGUUAGAGCCUGCAAGCUGAGCUACGAGCACAUCAGCGCUGGCAUGCGAUGAUGCAUAGCUAGCCUUUGGUGCAGCACCGAAAGCUUGACUGCGCUAUGUUUAUCGUGUAGCAACAACGAACUCUUUCAAUGCUGAUCUAUAUAUUGUUCUUCUCUUCAAUAUCCUUCGAUAGGUCCCACCCACCCUUCUCCCUCCUCCUCAC